AUGAGCAAGGAGUCGCCGUGCAACCUCCUGCUGCCGUUCUUGGACAAGAGCCGCCAUUGGACGGCCGAGGAGAUCAAGGCUGGCCUCGAGGGGAGCGACGACGGCGCAAAGGUCGACGCUCUGAAGCGGGCCAUCAUGCUCCACCUCAACGGCGACGGCCACACGAUCCCCCACCUCCUCGUCACCGUCCUCCGCUGCGUCCUCCCCUCCAAGGAACAUACCAUCCAGAGGCUCCUCCUCGUCUACCUCGAGGUCGUGGACAAGCGGGACCAAGCCUCCGGCGAGGUCAUCCCGGAGAUGAUCCUCGUCUCCCACCACCUCCGCAGCAACCUCCAGCACCCCAACGAAUACAUCCGCGGCGUCACGCUGCGGUUCCUCUGCCGGCUCCGCGAGCCGGAGCUCCUCCAGCCGAUGGUGCCCGCCAUUAUCAACAAUCUGAAGCACCCGCACCCUUUCGUCCGCCGACACGCGCUCUCGGCAAUCUCUGCCAUCUUCCGCCUGCCUUGUGGCGAGCAGCUCAUUCCAAACGCGCCUUACCUUGUGGAGCGUGCCCUCGCCAUGGAACAGGACCCGAGCGCACGGAGGAACGCGUUCCUCAUGCUCUGCGACUGCUCGCCAGAUCAUGCCAACGCUUACCUGCUCGGCAAUGCUGCCCGCGUCGCCGAGUGGCCCGUUGCCCUCCAGAUGGCCGCCCUCGAUUUCGUUCGCAAAGCCUACUCUCCUCGCUUCAGAACCACGUACAUUGAGAUCAUCAUGUCCCUCAUCUCGCCAUGGAGCAAAACUGCUGCCGUUGUAGUAUAUGACUGCGCACGCACACUCUUGUCUGUCUCCCGUGCACCGACGUUGAUCCGCGCCGCUGCAGAAGCCUACUUCCGGCUGCUCACCUCAGAGAGUGACAACAAGGUGAGGCUCGUUAUCUUGGACCGCCUGCGCGAGCUGUGCACCGCACACCGUCAAAUCAUGGUCUCUUUUGUCAUGGACAUCCUGCACUCUCUUGCAACCGCUGAUGCUGAUCUGGUUAUCAGAAGUAAGGUUCUGGAUUUUGUACUUGGUUUGCUCACCACACAAAAUGUGGAGAAGGUCGUUUUAUACCUCAAGAAGGAGGUUUUUAAGACAAUGGACAGUGUCCUCGAGAUGGCCUAUGAAUACUACCUGAUGCUGGUGCAGACGAUCCAUGCCUGUGCGGUAGAGUGCCCAGAAGUGGCUGGAUUGGUGAUGCACAUCCUCUUGGAUUUCCUUGUGUAUGGUGGUGACAUUGCUUCAGCUUCGGAUGUCAUUAUGUUUGUGCGUGACGUCAUCGGGACCGAUCCUUUGCUGCGUGUGUCAGUGAUAGAGAGGCUGAUUGUUUUGUUAAGUUUUAUCCAGGAUUCCUUCAUCUGUUCAUGUGUUCUCUGGAUCCUUGGGGAGUACUGGUUUUCGCUAUCUGAGGUCCAGACAGCCAUUUCUACCAUUAUGCAGACACUUGGAGAUCAGCCCUUCAAUGAUGUCUCUGAGAAAAGCGAUGAAUCUAUUUUUGAUUGCGCUCCUACAAGUGGGUUGUUGGAUUGCACGCAUAGUCUCAGACUUCUCAUUAUGUCAGGUGAUUUUCACUUGGCCGCCGCUGUUGCGUGUACGUUGACCAAGCUUGUGCUGAGGCUGGAGGAGGUUGAGCCAUCUAAUAAGGUUGAAGCAAACAAGGCAUCAGCAGAGUCUUUGCUGAUGAUGGUGUCCAUGCUGCAGCUGGGGAACUCCUCUUACCUUCCCCACCCUAUUGACAAUGACUUAUAUGACAGAAUCGUGUUCUGUGUUAGGUUGCUUUGUAGCACUGAUAAUGAUCAUGAAAGGAAGGUUUGGUUGAUGUCAUGCCACCAGAGCUUCACAAAGAUGCUUGAUGAGAAGCAAUCUAGAAAGAAUGAAAAGAUGAAGGUCGACGCACAGAAUGCCCAUGCACAUCCUGAUGAUUCCAUUGAUUUCUACCACCUGAUGAGCAGGAGGGGAAUGGGCCAACUUGAGUUGGAAGAUGAGUUCCGAGAUGAUUUAAAGGCUGCAACUGGUGAACUCAACGAUGCAGAUGAUGCAGAUAAUUUGAACCGCCCUAUUCAAUUGACAGGGUUCAGUGAUCCUUUGUAUGCUGAAGGAUUUGUUACCGUUAAUCAGUACCAUGAUACUGUACUUGAUAUUACAGUCAUAAACCGGACAAAAGAAACAAUGCACAACUUGUGUUUGGAGUUUGCAACAGCAUGUAAAAAUGCAGUACUUGAGCGCUCUGGAAAGUACACUGUGGCUCCCAGCGCAAGCGAGCAAAUCCAGGCUAUGAUCAAGGUUUCUUCAUCAAAUGUUGGAAUUAUAAUUACUCGCAUCGUUUACGAGACUUCAGAUGAAAUGGGGACUUCAGAGGUGAUCCUAAAAGAUAUGAGCAUUAGCAUUGCGGAUUACAUGACACCUGCUACAUGCACUGACGUAGCUUUCCGGAGGAUGUGGGCUGAGUGUCCAUGGAAAGUUAAGUUGAAGGUCAAUACCUUGCUUCAUGAUGAGAAGGCGUUUCUGAAUUUUAUAAUCAAGUCAACAAACAUGAACUGCCUAACACCAUUGUCUGCGCUUGAUGGGGACUGUGGGUUUGUUGCUGCCAAUCUCUACGCCAAGAGUGUGUUUGGCGAGGAUGCUUUGGUGAACAUCAGCAUAGCCCAACUGUAA